UAUUUUGUAUUAACAGAUAAAUGCACUUGGACGAUCUAUUUGUAAUUCUAAUGUUGAAUUUCGAUGCAUUAUUUUAUGUUUCCUUUAUUCUCCUACAUAAUUCUAAAACUACGAAACGUGCCAAACGAACCAAACGAUUAACUUAUACAGGAAAAAACUUUUAGUAUUUCUGUAAACAAAAAUGGAACAACAAAGUCAAAAACCAUCAUCCAAUAGCAUCAUGCAAAUUGGCACUGGUUUUUGGGCUUCGAAAGUUCUUUUGGGUGCAGUAAAGUUGGAGCUUUUCACAAAACUUGCUGAAAAAAAAACAAUGUCAGCCCAUGAAAUAAAAUCAAGUUUAGAGUUAAACUGUACCGACCGAAAUUUGUUUGAUUUUUUAGACACACUUACGACAUUUGGUUUUUUAGAGAGAGAAGGUUUACUUGAUACUGCAAUUUAUUCAAAUAACAUAAACACAGACUUUUUUUUGGACAAAAAGAAACUCACUUAUAUUGGUGGAUUUAUGCAAAUGCUAAACAACAGAUCGUAUAACAUUUGGGGUAACUUUGAAGAGGCAUUGUUAACUGGACGUCCGCAGAGUGAAGCAAAGAAUGGAGGAACUGUUUUUGAUUAUUUUUGUUUAGAUUCUGUAAAGUUAAAAGAGUUUAUACAUUCAAUGAGUGGUUUACAGAUGGAGAAUUUCAUUCUUCUAGCUCAAAACUUUGAUUUUUCAAAGUACAAAACAUUAGUUGAUAUAGGCGGCUCGGCAGGAAUAUUUUCUUUGAUGGUUGCAAAAAAUCACUCUCAUAUGAGCUGUAUUUCUUGGGAUUUAGCUCCAGUCACUCUGAUUGCCAACGAAGUUAUUGAAAACUAUCAAUUGCAAGAUCGUGUAAAAACAAAUUGCGGGGAUUUUUUUAAGGACGAAUUUCCCAAAGCCGAUAUUAUAACAAUGGGAAAUAUUUUACACGAUUGGGACGAGAACACCAAGUUAAUGUUGCUUAGAAAAGCUUACAACGCUUUGCCGGAGGGUGGAGUUUUUAUUGCUAUUGAAAAUGUAAUUGAUGACGAACGAAAGAAAAAUGCUGGUGGUUUGUUAAUGAGUUUGAAUAUGUUAGUUGAAACUGGAACUGGAUUUGACUACACAUUUGCUGAUUUUGAUUUAUGGUCUAAAGAAAUCGGAUUUAAAUCAACAUCGAUUAUUCCUCUUUCAGGGCCAACAAGUGCUGCAAUAGCUUUCAAAUAAAACACUUUAGUAUUAGAAUAGAUAAUAUUGGUGUAACGUUUUUAAUUUUUUCACAAUGAAAUUAUAAAACAA